CUGCUACGGUCCCAGGUCCACAGCCUUAACAUUUUCUCCAUGUAAAAAGGGCGUUUUAAAGCCUGGGGGAGCAGCAGCAGCAGAAUGCAGCGGAGCGCAGUGGUCGUGGUGGCGGACAAAACGAGCCUGAAAAGGCCGUUUAUUUUUGCAAAUUCUGUCCAUAUGGCGCUGUGCUUCUUCAUGCUGACAAUGACAGUAGCUUGGCAUAGAGACCUCUUACAAACUGGAAAAAUGGUGUCCAGUGUUUCUGUAGUGAUGAUGUACAUCAUAGAGAUUGGCUGCCUGCUGCUCUCGGUGCUCGGCGUGUUUGGAGCCUUCAAAGAAAAGAGAUGGUGUUUGAUUCUGUAUGCAGCUGGGAUGGCAGCAGCCAGUCAGACGAUAAUUGUUAAAACAGCACUAAGUUACCAAGAUAUUUAUGAGAAACGUGUGGUCCGUGAGGAGUCCAAGCUGCUGUCCAUGAUGCCCCUCAGUACAAUAAGCAAAGCCAACAAGACGCUGUUGUACAGUAUUCAGCAAGAAUUUGAAUGCUGCGGUCUCAUUGAAGGCUACAAAGACUGGGGCACUUCCAUCCCUCCAUCCUGUAACUGUCAAUAUCCAGGAAAAUGUAUUCGACUACGAGGCAGCGCCACACUCGGGGCUCCAAAGAACCAGUAUGUUUAUCAAGAGCCUUGCCUCCCAAUUUAUCUUUCUGAACUGAAGCUCGCGUUCACGUUGGCGAUGGGUAUACAAUUCGGAAGCGGAGUGUUUUGGGUUGUUUUACUUGUUAUGAGCAUCAAGCUGAUGGACCAGAUCAGAAGGAAACAGGAGUUUAUGGCUCUUCUUGAAUCAAACAGAUACGUUCCCGGUGCUUUCUAGCCACCUGCUGUGUUUUAAUGCGUACUUCCAAAUUACUGUCAAGCAUACAUGGUUUGAAUUUGCACAUAAUGAUGUAUUCUGUAACCUGGCUACUUUAUGCUAUAGCAAUAUAUGUUAUGAUUUUCUAUGUGUUGAUGCAUGUUUAAAAGCAAUCUACUUGCGCAGUAGAUAAGUUUUAAAUGACUCAUCUGCCUUACUGCUGUAACAAGAAAAAAUAAGCAAUUUAUGAACAUUAACCAAUCUUAAAUAAUUACCACAUUUUCAUAUGCUUUUUGUCACAUCUGAAUUUUUUUUUUUUUUUUUGGUUUUUUGCUCUGUGCGUUAAGACUUUGGAUAUUUCUGAUGUGAUUUAUCUCCAUCCAUCAUCACAUGGUGACAUCAGUGAGUCUUUUUAAAGACAGAUAUUAAUCUGCUCGUCUACUUGGACGUUUGAUUUCAAACUUUUCUUUUUGCAGCCAACUGUACGUUCAACCAUUAGUGAGAUUUGACUUGCAUCAUCUGGGCUUAAAGUACAUAUUUAAAUAUGAGUCCUUGUCUUAAGCACACAUUGAAUUUUAAGCAUUAGAGCAACCAAUAACCUAAAAAUAAGAAUAUUAAUAAUAAGCUUUAUGUAGCAGCUUUUUUAAACAAAGUGCUUCAUUCGAAUUAUUCAUUUAACAAUGCAUUUUCUUGAAUAAUCAGGUCAGACAAGGGAAUGAUUCACAUGUCUUGCUGGGACAACAGAAUGUUUUGAUGCCUUGUUAUGCACACUGUCUAAUAUCUGAAGCCUUGUCGCUGAUUGCAGUUUUUCUUAAAGCACACAUAGCGAGUAGAUCGUAUGUGAUCAUGUCCAGAGGAGAGGAGAGGAGGAGAGGGGAUUCUGUUUUGUUGCACACACUCGUAGACACGCAGUAAAAGCCGUCUUUUAUUUAGAGUUUUAGGUUCAGAUGUUGGCAAGGCCGCCGCAAAGACGUUGUGAGAGGCUCUUGUAAGAAAAUGUGCCACCCAUAUUCUUCGGAGACUGUAAUGCUCCAACUGAUGCCACUAUCACCGGAGAAGCCUUUAUGCCACGUCACGUCUAAUAUAACUUGCUGCAUGAGCUGCCUGCUGAUGAAAUUUCUACUUAAGUCAUAUGUUGUUAAAUUAAUUUAAUGUGAAGCAGCAGGUCCAGUGUCUACCUGUGCACUUUAACCA